UGCUGUCAGUUCAUAUGGCUAGCGCUACUGUACAGUACCUGGUUAAAGAAUAAAGAGAUGUGGCAGCUCGAGGACAGUGCUGUGUUUUAUGAGGAGAAAUGUCCGGCGAAUGCACAGUCACCAUUUUACGGAAAAUGAAAAUACAUGGAGUCAUUUGAGAGCCAUGCGUUUUCUCCCACAGUUGGCAGGCAGGUAUUUUCCUACAGCCAGGCGUCGCACUGGGAAAGCAUUUCACUUGGCACCGCCGCUGGCUGGUGAUUUAGCAUGAAUGCUAGCUAACUUAUGAACAACACGCAUGUUUAUAUUUAGCCGUAGAAGCAACGUUAACAGGCAGCAGCAGUUUUUUAUUUUAAUUUAUAUUUUUUAUGAAUUGUCGUUGUCCGCCUCAUGGGGGGUUCACACAUGUCCCUCCAUAAGUCAGAACCUCCAGACAUAAACUCUGAAGUGUCUGUUACAUGUUAGCUGGCAUCUCCUACAUCGUGAGAAGAAACCGUGUGUAGUGUUGUAGGCGUGUGUUUCGUCUUGCAGGCAGGUAAAGAAACUUCAGAUGUGCACUGUCAGGCAGGAUAAAUGAUGUGGAGCAGCUCUUCAGACAGGGGACCGACCCAGGACUGCCACACUACACCAGCUGUGUGUCACUGUGGACGGAGCUGAGAGUGUUAACCCAGACGAGUCCUCAGACCUGACAGCUCCACCUCGCCAUGGGACCCUAAACCAGCUUUUCUACACCAUCUUCAUCCACCUGUGAGGACUUCUGGGCUUGGUGUCCACCCGUCUGUCUCCAGCUCUGUAUUGUCACCCGUCUGUCUGUGAGAAGAUGUUUGGACCAGCAGUGAUUCAGUCAUGACAAGGCAUGUCUAUGGUCUGCAGCCAAAGGAUGCAUUUCUGAAGUGGACCCAGACAGAAGUGAUACACAACCUCAUGGUGCAGAAUAUGUUAAAAUCAGGGGUUCCGGGGCAUUCUCCCACCAAGGACUCUAAAAUUACAGAGUAGAUAAAAGCUGAUGAGGCGUUGCUAUAGGGGACCUGAUCUGAGCCUCUUGUGGAUUACUGUUGGUGCUGUCAUCUGGGACAGAGACACCUGUGAUCACAUUAUUUAGUCCGUGGAAUUAAUCUUUUCCUCUUUGGACGCAGACCCCCCCUGGAUACCUGCCCAGGGCCCCCCUGGUGGUCCCUGGACUCCACGUUUGGAGCCCCUGGUUGAAGUUCUCAGAGCUCUUGGAGAAGAGCUACAUUUAUUGAAACCCUUCCUGUUUUCUGUCAUCCCACCAAGAAAGACCUUUUUUUACCAUGCAUUGAAGACUGAACUGGAAGCCUUAGCGAGAGUCAAGUUUACACGGAGUCAGCCAUGCCUAUCAGAAAAAAAGACACAGCUCGAGCCUUGGGGCUUUUGGAGGAGUACUGCACUAAACUGAGGAAGCCGGAGGAGCAGCAGCUCAAAACUGCCAUUCAGAGAGUAAUGGGAAUUUUCAAAAGCAACCUGUUUGAAGCUCUUCUUGAUAUCCAGGAGUUCUAUGAAGUGACACUGCUAAACACACAGAAGAGCUGUGAGCAAAAGCUGGAGGAGGUCAACCACAUGGCGGACAAGUGGGAGAAGAGUGUUUCUAUACAAAACUCUGAAGUUGCACACUCUGUCUGUCCAGUGGAAGAGCAGAGGGAGCAGAGCAGCUCAGAACCCAGCGGGACGGAGAGGGGAGAGAGCAGUGCCAAGACCUCUGAGAACAGGCCACCAGCAGUACAGGGGUCACCCCACAACGGCCAGCCCCUACCCUGCAUGAACCCUGCCUUGAUGAACGCUCCUUGGCAGUACCAGUACCAAGAAGACGACUCACCUCCUCUUGACCAGGGAUUCCCGCGGCUCACCAACGAGGUGCGCGCCCCUGAGCUUGUGCACGUGUCCGAGAAGAACCUGUCCGAGAUCGAGAAUGUUCACGGCUACGUGUCCCAUGCCCACAUCUCUCCUCUCAAGCCUGCACUGGUUACCCGUUUUGAUCUUGCAUACCCGGGUGUGACCACAGCAAACUACAUGGCCAGCCCUGCCCCGAUAAUCGUCAACACAGACACUUUGGAGUCAGUUCCUUAUGUCAACGGCACAGAAAUUGAAUAUGAGUUUGAGGAAAUCACUCUUGAGCGGGGUAACUCAGGGUUGGGCUUCAGCAUUGCUGGAGGGACAGAUAACCCACACAUCGGUGACGACCCUGGCAUUUUCAUCACCAAGAUCAUCCCCGGAGGAGCUGCAGCAGAGGAUGGACGACUGAGAGUUAACGACUGUAUUCUACGGGUGAAUGACGCAGACGUGUCUGAAGUGUCUCACAGUAAGGCGGUAGAAGCCCUGAAGGUUGCAGGUUCUAUUGUUAGGCUGUAUGUGCGGCGCCGCAGGCCAAUGCUUGAGACCAUCAUUGAGAUUAAACUCAUCAAAGGACCAAAAGGGCUUGGCUUCAGUAUUGCAGGUGGAGUUGGAAACCAGCACAUCCCUGGUGACAACAGCAUAUACGUCACCAAGAUCAUUGAUGGCGGGGCAGCACUGAAGGAUGGUCGACUACAAGUAGGAGACAGGCUAUUAAUGGUAAACAACUACAGUCUGGAGGAAGUGUCUCACGAAGAGGCUGUGGCCAUUUUGAAGAACACGUCGGACGUGGUCUACCUAAAGGUGGGAAAGCCCACCAAUGUCUACCUAUCAGAUCCCUAUGGGCCUCCUGAUAUCACACACUCUUUUUCUCCAGCCAUGGAAAAUCAUAUCUCUUCCCCCAUCAACAGUGGCACUCUGGAGUACAAGUCUGGUCUCCCUCCCAUCUCCCCCGGGAGUUAUUCCCCCCUUCCUAAGCACUUACUGGGGGAAGAGGAUAUAAACAGGUUGGAUGGUUUUUCCUUCUUACGAAAUCCCUCACUAGAUGACGGGGAGGGUCACAGGUUUGAUUCCCAGCACUUCCAGUUGAGGCCUCCUGAGCCAGUUUACAGCACUGUGAACAAACUUUGUGACAAAGCACCCUCCCCCCGACACUAUUCCCCCGUGGAGUGCGACAAAAGCCUCCUCCACUCCGCCCCCCUCCCAUAUCACUUAAGCCUGUUCCCUGACUCGGACUUCACCAGGGAACCUAGGAAGGUCGUGCUCCACAAAGGCUCCACAGGCCUGGGCUUCAACAUCGUGGGCGGCGAGGACGGCGAGGGCAUCUUUGUCUCGUUCAUCCUGGCAGGAGGGCCCGCUGACCUGAGUGGAGAGCUGAGGCGAGGCGACCAGAUCUUAUCGGUAAAUGGUAUUGACCUGCGAGGAGCCACACAUGAACAAGCAGCAGCAGCACUGAAAGGAGCUGGCCAGGUGGUCACCAUCAUUGCCCAGUACAGACCAGAAGGUCAACAGAAGCAGUAUCUACUGGAGGGCUGUAGAGGCAGUGACUCAUGGUCAGAGAUCCCUCAAUGUCUCAGAGGUGCCAGACUCACAAACCAUCCAGACCGUUAUACCAAGAGCAGUGAGUACGGGCGUUUUGAGGCCAAAAUCCAUGACCUGCGGGAACAGAUGAUGAACCACAGCAUGAGCUCUGGGUCGGGAUCCCUGCGAACCAAUCAAAAGAGAUCGCUCUAUGUGAGGGCACUGUUUGACUAUGAAAAGUCAAAGGAUAGUGGCCUCCCCAGCCAAGGGCUCAGCUUCAGGUAUGGCGACAUCCUCCACGUCAUCAACGCCUCAGAUGAUGAGUGGUGGCAGGCCCGCCGUGUCACCCCACACGGGGACAGUGAAGAAAUGGGUGUCAUCCCCAGCAAGAGACGGGUGGAAAGGAAAGAGCGAGCGCGUCUAAAGACUGUGAAAUUCAAUGCCAAGCCAGGGUCAUUUGAUUCAAAAGGGUCAUUCAAUGACAAACGUAAAAAGAAUUUCAUCUUUACACGAAAGUUCCCAUUCUACAAGAACAAAGAGGGUGAGCAGGAUGGCAGUGAUUCAGACCGGAGUCAAGAGGACGUGAUUCUCUCAUAUGAACCUGUGAUGCGGCAAGAAAUUAAUUAUGCCAGACCAGUCAUAAUCCUGGGGCCGAUGAAGGACAGAAUCAAUGAUGAUCUGAUAUCAGAAUUCCCAGACAAGUUUGGGUCAUGUGUGCCACAUACCACUCGGCCGAAGAGGGACUACGAGGUGGACGGGCGAGACUACCACUUUGUGAUGUCCAGAGAGCAGAUGGAGAAGGACAUCCAAGAGCACAAGUUCAUCGAGGCGGGACAGUACAAUGAUAAUUUGUAUGGAACGAGUGUGCAGUCUGUGAAAUAUGUGGCUGAAAGGGGUAAACACUGCAUUCUGGAUGUGUCUGGAAACGCCAUCAAACGACUACAAGUAGCACAACUCUAUCCCAUUGCCAUCUUCAUAAAACCCAAGUCUAUUGAUUCGUUAAUGGACAUGAAUAAGAGACUGACAGAGGAACAAGCCAAGAAAACGUUUGACAGGGCGAUGAAGCUGGAGCAGGAGUUUGGGGAAUUCUUUACAGCCCUGGUUCAAGGAGACACGUUAGAGGACAUUUAUAACCACUGCAAACAGGUCAUAGAAGAACAUUCAGGACCCUAUAUCUGGAUCCCCUCAAAGGAGAAACUAUAAUAACUCAUCACCCUGCAAGGGAGUCUGGACUGCUAGAAACUAGUAAUAAGUUGUAACAUAUGAUAACUGUAUGGCGAUGAAUAGUCUUCAUGAAUAAUUAUUGUGUAUAUGUUUUAUGUUUUUAUUUUUAUUUUAUUUUUUUCACUUUUUUUGGUUAUUGCUUCAUUUUUUCACUCAACAUGAAUGUUCCUGAAUGUAUUCCACAAAGCGUUAGGAAAUUUUAGGUCUUGAGUUAUGAACCGUUUGUAUAUUUGUUGAUUUUUAUUUGAACAAAAAGGAGAAGAAAUGUAAUGAAAACUAAAUAAAUAUGGGGUAUGUGUCCACAUUGGCACUGUGUGGAAUUUCAAACAGUAAACUGGGGAUGGCAGAUACAGUGCAGGUUUCUCUGCUUCGCUAACAUAGGAAGGAAAGUAGGUAUUCCAACUGACGCCCUCACCCUCCCUCCAACCUGCAACGACGAGCUAAUAGUCAUAUGAACUUUAACGUUUUGUCUGAUUUUGCAUCUAUGCAUCCCCUGAACACAGCUUUGCUUUGUGUUUGUUUACAUCGUCUUUUUUUUCCUUGAAUUACUGUAUUUAUUUCUCUGACAUGACACUGAGGAUGUGUGAGGAAAAUGUUUUAUUCACUGUAAGAUUACCAUGUUUUUUUGUUUGUUUUUUAUUUAAAAGCAGACAUUACUCAUCCAGCUGUUGCAUUGACAAUGAUUAAAGGGAGAAAGCUGCUAUUGGAGAUGUAACACUAUAUUUUGCUACUUAAAUUGCUAGGGGGCACAAAAGCACAGAGUUAUUUGUUAUUGAAAUUAUGACUUUGAUUAAAAGCUCAUUUACGGAGCGUA